GUUUGAUACAUAAAACAGUAAUUUCAAGGAGAAAUUAUGAAGGCUGGUCAUCAUCUGCAGAUCAGAGACAGUAUAGGCAGUUUACUGGUUUUGGCAAUUAUAUUGGUCAUGCUCUUGCUUCUUAAAUAUAGGUCAGAAGAGUUAUGGAAGGACAUGCCAUCCAGAGUUUUUCACAAUCAAAUGGUAAACUCUUCCCUGUUGCACCGUAGACCCAAGACCCCAGAAAUGCUUGAGUGCUCUUCCAACGCUACAUGUAUUCCUCCUCCUCCUCCUCCUUCAUGGUUUUUCAACUACUUGAACAAAUUUGAUGGUGAUAAGCCAGAGCCAGAAUCCUGCCCAUUCUAUUUCAAAUGGAUUGUUGCAGACCUUUGGCCUUGGAAAGACAGUGGAAUUACAUUGCAGAUGGUUGAAGAAGCAAAGCCAUUAGCAUCAUUCAGACUGAUGAUUGUUGAUGGAAGGUUGUUUGCUGAGAUCUAUCAGAAGUGUUUCCAGACCAGGGAUUAUUUUACCAUUUGGGCAUUUUCUCAGUUGCUGAAAUUGUACCCUGGAAUGGUUCCUGACUUGGACCUGAUGUUCAAUUGUGAGGAUAGACCUCUUGUCACUAAGUUCGAUUACAAGAAUAAUCACACCAGGAAGAACCCAUCUCCUAUGUUUCGCUACUGUGGGCACCCGGAUUUUUAUGAUAUCGUGUUUCCAGAUUGGUCUUAUUGGGGAUGGCCUGAGGUUAGAUCAGAACCAUGGGAAAUUUUAUUGAGAGAAAUCCGAAAUGGAAGCCAAGAAGUGCAAUGGGUUAACAGAAACCCAGUUGCCUAUUGGAGAGGAAAUCCAGCAGUUGCAAAAGCCAGAAUGGCACUUCUCGAAUGCUCCAAGAUUCCCAACUGGAAUGGUCAAGUUAUUGCACAGGACUGGAAUAAGGAGAUUAGUCAAGGCUUCAAAGAUUCCAAAUUGUCUGAACAGUGCAAGCACAGAUACAAGAUAUACAUUGAAGGCAAGACAUGGUCAGUGAGCAUGAAGAAUAUUAUGGCUUGCAACUCACCUACCUUGUUAAUAAGACCACAAUACUAUGAAUUUUUUCAACGAGGGCUUGUUGCCCAUAAACAUUAUUUGCCUGUGAGUUCUGAGAAGAUGUGUGACUCUGUCAACACUACUGUAAAUUGGGGAAACAGUAAUAUAGAAGAGGCAAUGGCAAUUGGCAAUGCAGGGAGUGAUUUCCUGUUGAAUGAGGUGAAAAUGAAACAUGUUUAUGACUAUAUGUUCCAUGUUUUAACACAGUAUGCCAAGCUAUUGAAAUACAAGCCAUCUGUUAGUGAAAACUCUGUGGAGUAUUGUUCAGAAGCAAUGAUGUGCUUUGCCAAUGAAGUAGAAAAGCAAUACAUGAAGGACACAUUGAUCACAACUCGUAGUCCUUCCCCACCAUGUAAUAUAGGAGAUGUACAGGCCAAUAUUAAAGAAAUUAAGGAAUUUGCAGAGCAGAACAAAGAAACACAGUUUAAUGUUCAAUGGAUGGAAGAGAAAUAA